CCUUAUGUUCAGCGUGUUGGUGUGAGCAGUGCUUUUUCCCGUGUUCGGUUUGAAGGAUACGUGGCGCGCGCCCGCCACAAACAGAGGCAGGUUGCGUCAAUCGGCUCCUGCUUGCCGGAUAACCGCUGUGACAACACUGUGCUCCCCAUCCCAUUAUUCGAGAGUGGACAGGAUGGAAGGACUGCUGGACCAAUGGCUUUGGAAGGAGGAGUACUGGCUGCCGCCGGGGGUCACCUGGAAGGACAUAGAGAUCGAGGGGGACCGCUACCCUCUACCCCGGGACCUCUUCUACACCCUGCCGCUGGCUCUGGGCUUCAUCGUCCUGCGCUACGUCUUUGAGAGGGUCAUAGCCAUGCCACUAAGCAGACAGCUGGGGGUGAGAGACAGGGUGCGGGUUCGAGCCCUGCCUGUCCCAAAGCUGGAGACAUUUUACAAACAGAACAAACAGCAACCCUCACAGAGUGAGGUCCUGGGCCUGGGGAAGCAUUGUGGUCUCAGUCAGCGCCAGAUAGAAACGUGGUUCCGCCAACGCCGCAACCAAGACAGGCCGAGCAACACCAAGAAGUUUUGUGAAGCCUCUUGGAGGUUCGUUUUCUACCUCAUUGCAUUUGUAGCAGCGCUUGCCUCCCUGAUUGAUACCCCCUGGUUCUGGGACCACAGAGAGUGCUGGCAGGGCUACCCCAAACAACCUGUCGCUGAGGCUCACUACUGGUAUUACAUCACAGAGCUGGGUUUCUAUUGGUCCCUGCUGCUCUGUGUCACUGUGGAUGUGAAGCGGAAGGAUUUCAAGGAACAGAUCAUCCACCACAUCGCUACCAUUUUGCUCAUCGGUUUCUCGUACUGUGCCAAUUAUGUGCGCGUUGGCACACUGGUGAUACUAGUCCAUGAUUCUUCAGACUUCCUCCUGGAGUCUGCCAAGAUGUUCAACUACGCUGGCUGGCGGAAGACAUGUGACACACUGUUUGUCAUCUUCGCCCUGGUCUUCCUGCUAACACGACUAGUGGUUUUCCCUGGCAGAAUAGUCCACUCCACCCUGGUUGUGUCCUUGGAUUUCUUCCAGCCUUUCUUUGGCUACUACUUCUUCAAUGCCCUGCUGUUGGUGCUGCAAGCUCUGCACAUCUUCUGGGCCUGGCUGAUCCUUCGCAUGGUCUACAAGUUUGUCUUUAUGGGCAAGGUGGAGAAAGACGAGCGCAGCGAUGAAGAAAGCGAGCCAGAGGAGGAAGAGGAGGCAGUGGAGGAAGAGGAGACUAGCUGGGAGCAAAGAAAGGGUGCACUCAAUUCCAAGUUGGCUUCGCUUGCCAACAAUUGUGUCCUGAACAACCUAACCAACCAGAGAAAUAUGAACAGCAGACUGCCCAAAGCCAGAUAGUACCACUCUCUUUUCGCACUAGAUUAAACUUAGAACGUUUUCCUCUCCUUCCACAGUAUUUGCUGGUAUCUCUGAAUGCCGCUGUACACCUCCCCAUUUUCAUCCAGUCCACAAGCCACAUAAAUACACAAACCCAGAGUGACGGUGGCAGCCCUCUCCACAGCCCGCACCAUGGGGCUGACCUCCUCCCAGCCCUCUGCUCCCAGCAACCGCUUCUUCACUCUCAGAUAACCAAUUCAAGCUGACAGAGACAACUGGGCUUAGCAGUGUGCAGAGGGACCUCUGGUGCUCAUCUGCCCACAGGAUGGCUCGGAGACCAUUCCUAAAGCCCCUUCUUACAGCUAGCUGGUAGCAGCACCUCUGCCUCCUCUCCUAUAACAAACUGUACUGAAAUGACAGGUUCGGCGAAAGCUGUAUGACAGAUGAAUGGUUGUUGAAAUGGUUGUUGCUAUUAUUUGAAUGCCGGUGACAUGAUGAGUGGUGCUUGGCUGCUAAUUAUUAAAUAAAAUGAUCUUAUCUCAUCAUAACCCCCUGUCCACUUUAUCAGCUAACUGUUGUCUAGAGAGCAUGCACCAAAACCAGAUUGGUCAAGUUUGCCAUUUAUUGCAACAGUUUUUGUAACAAAAACAUCCAUAAGUUGAAAAUGUGAUGGAAACCCAUUUUAACUUGUUUUUUUUCCCGGUACAUGAUAACUUAACUGCAACAACAACAAGAAAAGUGCAGUCAUCACACAGUUUUUAAAAAUCUGCAACGAAUAUGUUUGAUGGGAAUACACCUCUGGUGGGAAAAUGCACACAUCGUCCUUAUGCAGAUUUUGUUUUUACGCGUCAAUUGGAUGGAAAUCUAGCUACUGUUCCCAAAUGUACAUUUACAGUCUGUAUGGUGACAAAUAUUUAAAAUCAGGUGACUUCUUUUUGUUCUUAUGCUUUUAUCGACCUUCCUAGGACCAAUGCACAUUUUGGGAGAUUCCGGGAGAUUCUGGUGGCCCCCUCACGCGUUGUGAACUCUCUGGCCAGUGGUUUGUUGCCAGGGUGACCGGGUGGGGACAUGGCUGUGGAUGGACUGGUUUCCCAGGAGUCUACAUGCGGGUCACUGCCAUCAGGGAAUGGAUAUCUAACUAUCUGCCCUUCUGAGGCUAUGGAAAAGAGGCGGAAUUGAGACAUCAUACAAUACUUGAGGACACAAUGGGUUUUCUACUUUGCAGCCACCACUGGUAUUUCUUGUGCGCUACUCGUCAAGGAUGAUGUAUGCACACCACCAUCAUCAUCAUGAAACUACCUGGAGAUAUCAGGAGAUCCAGAUGAACUUUUGGACUAGUAAAAUGGUGGUCUGUGGACAUUUUACUAAAAUAUGCAUAUAAACAUGUAGAAGUUGUGUAUUUAUUUUAUUGUUUUGAGAAAAUAUCUAUACGGUGUAAGCAUUUUGAUUUCUGUGGGUUCAAAAAUUGUAUUUAUUGACAUUUACAUUACUGUCAUUUGUCAUAUGUGGCCAACCAGCUUUUUAAUGUAAAUUCUGUGGGCCAACCAUCUAAAAGUUGGAGAAGCUACAUUUUUAUAGCAGAUGCUCAGGAACUGAGCCUUGCAUGAAAGCAUCUUUAUGUAGUGUAGCUAGAUCUACACUUCUGGAAGCAGUUCAGGCGCUACAAGAAAUAUGACAACUACACUGUUUCCCCCAGCAUUGGAGAAUGUAUAUGAAAUAUGCAAGGAAUAAGUAUUUAAAAAAGUAAAAAAAUAAAACAGGGCACAAAUGCUU